GAUGGACUCUUGUAGUGCAGAUUCGUAUGGCGUUUGUUGCUUUGAGGAAACCAUCCAUUUCGUCUUGUUUCAAUCGAUCUGGCGACUUUUUAUCUGGAAUUGUGUUUGUGUGCACGAUUGAGUUUACGACUUACAGUGCGUUUGUCGCGCCUUCGGUAGUUACUUCAACUUAGGACGAUGGCUCGCGCCGACGGAUUGACGCCGCCCGGAUAUGAUACCUCUACCGAACACACCUUGCCUGGCCGAGAUUCCAUCACAACCACUCGCCAAUUUGUCCUCACCACCCCUCAAGUCACUUCGCCCUCAGACAUCACCGUAUCCCAGGAUACCUGUGCCGUGCAUACUUGCCCGGUCGAGAAUCACCAUCAACCAUCACAAACCAUCCAUCCACCACCUGUCCUCACCACCUCCCAAGUCACUUCGCACUCAGAUCCGACAUCUCCCAACAUGCCACCAAAACCAAAACGCUCCUCUACCCCCAAGACCAAAAUCAAAAUCAACACCCCUCGUACCUCUCCUACCCCUCGAACCACCAACAAGACCACUACCACAUUCCCCAAGACCAUCACCAUGAAGAAAGCACCAACCCCCAAAAGAAAAGCUAUCAGGCACCACGCCUGUCGCCUCAUCCCGUCAUGCAAGCAAGGCCACGGCGGCCCAGCAAAGAUCAUCCUGCCCAUCGGCAAGUACUUCGUCAGCGAGGAAGCACUUGAGCACGAUUUGGGUGCUCUCAAGCGGGGCGCUAUCUACCCGAACGAAAGCGAGUUCUACAAGCGCGUGAAGGCUUGGUAUAAAGCCGAGGUUGAUCGGUUGCUGCACCGACAGCGGGUUGAGAGUGAGGAAAAGAAAGAGAAAGAGGAGAAGGAACUUGAUAAGAUCAUGAUCAGGCCGACGGCGAUGACAAAGCCAGGGGCCACCAAGCGCAAACUUGCCGCCACCUCUGACUCCAACGACAUGGAGUUGUCUGACGACCGCUCAACGUCCGACUCUGCUGACAGCCCUUCGGACUCGGAGUACUCCGACUUCCAAAACAAGCCUCCCCGGAAGCCAAGGGCUUCAAGGGCUAACACACCAAUCCGCAAGAACCCUGAAAUGCUCCAAACACCAUCCCCAUCCCCGGAUAAGCCAACGCCAACACGCGUUCAACCCACCAGAGCAGCCAAGCGCAAAGCGGAGACCCCGUCGCUACCACCGACACCGCCCAAAACCCCGAGCCCCAAACGUCGGAAAGUCACCCUGAUCAUCAAACGCCCAAAUCAGGAGCCGAAAGCGGAGCAACCUGAAAAUAACCCCGAAGAAACAAAAGGCGACUAUAGCCUGUCGAAGCUGGACUUCAAGGAGUCUCAACCCAGCUACGCUGACCGAGGUGAGAUGGCCGACGGCCUGGAUGUAGCUUACUUCAUGAUGUCGGUCGAAAAAGCCGUAGAGGGCGCCAUCAACGAAUUAGUAGCCGCUCGUCUGGGAAACGGUGUCCUUUCACUAUCUUCCCCGAGAGAAAGCAACAAAGGGAUUCGCGCAAGGUGGAGAAGGUUUGGGAGCAUUAGCCAUGCCGGAGGCCAAGGCCGAAUUGCGCAAGAAAGUAAGAACGAGGAGGACGAGGUGUUUGAACCGGCGGGUGAUGCAGUGCCGGGGGAGGACUGGCGGCCGCCGCAGCCUCCACGUUCUGCACCUGCCACUCUUGAGUUGGGGAAGGGAGGGAAGAAGGGUGUGAAGAUGCAGAAAGGGCUGGAGCUCAGAAUCUCAUCCAAGGAAGGAACGCCGGCUCCGGAAGCGGUGAUGGAACCUAGUCCUACCCUUGGUCGGUGGCAGCUUGCGGAUAGGAGAGCUAGUGGUUCUUCUGGAUCAGGUGGUUAUGAGCGAUCGAAGGCUGGGGAUGUGGCGAAGUUGAAAGUCGAGGUCGACUCGGAGGCAGUAGCGGCGGAGAAAGAGUCUGCUCCUGGGUCAGGAGGAGGUGUCAUGGUCGAAUCGCCAGUCGAGGAAUCGAACAAAAGGUCGGUGCAGGUAUCUGGGUUGAAAUUCGACGUGGAGCUGCGUACGCUUGAAGUUGGACAAGAUGGCGAAGGAAGAAAGGACAUAUGGUUCCAUUUGCUGUGA